UGCGCAUGCGUCAUAUUAAUUGUAACGGAAGCGGCUCGCCUCUCACAGACACAGAGCCAGGCUGUCUGACUUACACUGAAUGAGAAACGCACUGAUUUGGACUCCAGAAUGAUGAGAUUAUUACCUAAACUGCUGCUGCUGGUGCUGUUAGCGUUCCCGGCGACACUCCUUAUCAAAGGGCCGAUGGUAAGUGCCCAGGAUCUUACGGAGGACGAGGAGGCAGAGGCUGAAGCUGAGGCUGAAGCUUUGGACGUCGAUGAAGACGUUGUGGACGAUGCAACAGAUGAAGACGAUGAGGCGGAAGUGGAAGACGAUGAAAACGUGGAACUAACGGAAGAAAAAGAAGAUGAAGAGGAGGAGGCAUUGGUUGGAGAGGUGAAAGCUUCUCCUAACGCCGACACCACCAUCCUGUUCGUCAAAGGAGACGAUUUCCCUGCCAACAACAUCGUAAAGUUCCUGCUCGGCUUCAGCAACAAGGGAUCGGAAAACUUCAUCGUGGAGUCUCUGGAUGCCUCCUUCCGUUACCCUCAGGAUUACCAGUUCUACAUCCAGAACUUCACCGCGCUGCAGCUCGGCAUUGAAGUCCCUGGGGGUCGGCAGGCCACAUUCGAGUACUCUUUCAUCCCGGCAGAGCCCAUGGGGGGGCGGCCUUUUGGACUCGUCAUCAACCUCAACUACAAGGACGGCAACGGAAACAUUUUCCAGGACGCAGUGUUCAACCAGACAGUGACCAUCACAGAGAGAGAAGAUGGAUUAGAUGGAGAGACGAUCUUCUUGUACGUCUUCCUGUCUGGCCUCGGGCUGCUGGUCGUUGUCGGCCUUCACCAGCUGAUGGAGUCCAGGAAGAGGCGGCGUCCGGCUCCAAAGGUGGAGAUGGGAACUUCCAGCCACAACGAUGUGGAUCUGAGCUGGAUCCCUCAGGAAACACUCAACCAGAUCAUGCAGAGUCGCAGAGACAAAGCGUCUCCAAAAAGAUCUCCUCGCAAAAGAAAUCAGAAGCGCUCAGCCGGCUCCGACGAGUGACGGCGCCCGACACCACGGGACUAAACUUCAUCAUCCCGUCUUAGGAAGAGGAGAGGAGAGGAGAGGCAGGAGGAGGAGAGGAAAAUUAAGAGGAGGGAUGUGACUUCGCACUCUGCCGUCUCUACUGAGAAACUUUAACCAGUGCCAAGCACAGCGAUGACUGGCUCUUUACUUAGCUUAAAAACUGUACAACACACACACAUAUGAACACACACAUGCAGUUUCGUGAGGCUAUCAGAGAGGGAGUGAAGAGGAUCCUGAACCAGGUGUGUUGGGUUUAAAGGGGAGGACCUCUCUCUUAUGUUGUUUGUUUUCCUUUAAGAUUACAUUUGUUGUUAAAGCCUCAGUAUGACGCUGAUGUCAUCAUUGUGAGACAGUUUGAUUGUGAUUUUUUGCCUCCUUUUCUGGUAUCGGGCUGGAUCUUUGAGUGAAUCAAACAAUUAACCAACUGAGAAAAUUGAGUCAUCAGUUGAUUCACCUUAAAGAAAAAUGCCUCAAUAUCUUCGCGUCUCUGAAACGUCACAACUUUCCUUCUUUAUCUCUCUUUCGAUGACGGCUUCAGGACUGCUGUUCAGGCAAAAUGUGUUAUCAAGUCGUCUUGAGUAACUAUUUUCUACAUUUUAGAAAACAUGAUUAAAUAUUUUGUGGAUGAAUUUAGAAAUGGUGCCAGGAUCACGGUAACACGUGCAGUUUUUGUUUGUCUUUUGGAUUUGUUUGUUUGGUUCGAAUUGAUUCUGUCCGCACAUUUUGAAUUUUGUAGCAUGUGCUCUCUGCUUCCUACUUGUUUCACUGCACAGAUUCUGGGGUUAGCGGUCACACUAAGGACUCAGUUAACUCUUUUUGCAAGUACAAAAUCCUGCAGACACAUCUCAGGGUUCAAUUUAUACCCUGGGUGUGACAUGACAGAAAAUCAAAAUGGCAAAAAUACAGGAACCUGAAUCUAUUGUCGUGUCAUUGCCGUUUUCUGCUGAUAUUUUCUGGUUUUAAAACCUUUGAACAUCAUAACUAAACGGAAAGCACAGCUGAAAUAUUAAACAAUAAAUGAAAGGGUUAUUUUUAAGUUAUAUGAUCAUCGAUUAAUUAUCUCAGACAAAAACGUGAAAUAUACGCUGGUUUCCACUUCCUCAAUGUGAAUAAACAACUUGAAGUGAGCGGAGUGAGGUUCCCUUUAACCCUGACACUCUGAGAUAUCGUUAUGUGAACACACACACACACUUCUGGAUUCAUGAACUUCUUAGAGUUAAUCUUGCCCUGGACAUGUGCCUGUUUUCUACUCCUGUCUGUUAAUCAAUCAGAACAAUAACUUCCCGAUACUGAAUUGAAAUCUUUGUUUUUUAUGUUCUUUUCUUCUUUUGAAUUGUUGAUGUGUCCUGGCUGAAGCACUGGUGUAAAUACUGGCUGAUGAUGAGCAGAAAUUACUGAGCUAAUUUAUUAGAGUGACAGAUUGGGUUUUGUGCACUGUUUUUUUAUUUUGGUUUACCACUAGGGGGCAACGCUGACUUUGGUAAACACUUCCUGUUGUGGAACAGAUUAUCCAACAUCCGCAGCAGGAGAUGUGAUCGUCGAGCUGAUGUUGGGGGUUAUUGUGUUCAUUUUUCUAAAAAUAACGGGGCUGUCAUUCAUAGAUGCAAGCGACUUUUAUUUGCUUUUAAAUGUGCAGGAAAUAAACUUGAUGAUUUGCUUUA